AUGCAUCUUAAUACAGCCCUGGCCUGGUCGAGCAUAGCUGCGACAGUUGCUUAUGCUUCAACACUUCUACCGCGCCAGACGACCUGUCCGCCAGUCUGGAGCCAAAUUACGCAGGAGCUAUCAGGAGCAUUCGAAGGAGGAAAAGGGUGUGAACAGAUAGCUCGCGCUGCAAUACGCGCAGCAUUCCACGAUUGCUUCCCUGGUCCAGGAUUUUGUGAUGGCUCUUUGCUCACCAACAAUGAGAUUGACUGGCCAGUAAGUCGAGGUAUGGAAGAUAUCGUGGCACUUUUGCAAGAUAAAGUAGCGAGAUAUGGGGUUGGAAAUGCAGAUAUGAUCCAAUUUGCAGCUGCCCAUGCAAUAAGAAGUUGCACCGAUGGACCCCAAUCCAGAAUCAAAAUCGGUCGUACAGAUUCUCACACACAGGGAAUACAAGCCGACAUCCCGCAAGCCUCAUUCACAGCAGACACGCUCCUAGCCUCCUUCGCAGCCCGCGGAUUAGACCAUACCGACCUGACCGCAUUAAUCGGAGCUCAUACUUGCGCGAACCAAUUCUUCGAGGAUGAAUCUCAAUCUGGAGCAUCGCUCGAUACCACGCCAGGCACUUGGGACAUAACCUUCUACCAACAAGUAGCAGAACAAUCUGCGCCAUUCACAUUCCAAAGCGACGUUAGUAUUUCGCGACAUCGGGAUACUGCUGCUAUUUUUGGUGGAUUCGCUGGGAAUGUCACGCUUUGGGAGGAGAAGUUUGUUCCUGCGAUGGAAAAGAUGGGCAUGCUUGGUGUGACGGAUGUUGAUAUGAUUGAUUGCACAAGUGCGUUGCCUCACCAGCCGGUCGUUACACCACCAGAGGAAACGCAGGAGUAG